AUCAAACAGAAGAACUCCAUGUAGACACAUCUUUGCGCAUGCCUUCCCAGUCCUACCACUAUAUAAACCUCCCUCCCUCCCUCCCAUUCCACACAUCCAAACAAUCCUCCUUCAGUCUCAUUCCUCAUCAAAACUCUUCCUUCCUGUUGAUGAUGAUGAUGAGCUCCUCAUAUGGCAGCCUUGUUCCUUUCCUCCUCCUCACAGCACUGAUGAUGGCCGCUGUGAGCGAGGGUGUUACCAGACUCGCGUCCGCUGGUGAAAGUACCGGCACUCAAUGGGCUAUUCUAGUCGCCGGAUCCAAUGGUUAUUCUAACUACAGACACCAGGCUGAUGUGUGCCAUGCCUACCAAAUCCUCAAGGCGAAUGGGUUGAAAGAUGAGAAUAUCAUCGUGUUCAUGUACGACGACAUCGCCCGUAGCAAGUAUAAUCCUACCAAGGGUAUCAUCAUCAACAAACCCAACGGCCCCGAUGUCUACCAUGGAGUUCCCAAGGAUUACACCGGUGAUGCGACCACUGCAGCCAACUUGUACGCUGUCCUUCUCGGGAACAAGACGGCUCUCAGCGGGGGCAGUGGCAAGGUUUUGAACAGUGGCCCGAACGACCAUGUCUUCUUCUAUUACGCCGACCAUGGGAGCACGGGACUACUGGCCAUGCCUGUUGGGGAUAACAUAUAUGCGAACGACCUGAUAAACGUGCUGAAGCAAAUGUAUAAGUCGCAGAAGUACAUGAACAUGGUGAUGUACAUAGAGGCAUGCGAGGCGGGGAGCAUGCUGCAAGGGUUGCUCCCCAAGGACAUGGGGAUCUACGCGACCACGGCGUCCAACGCCGAGGAAAGCAGCUAUGGCUACUACUGCCCCAGCGAGGCUACUGACGGUGAUCCCUCCAAGUAUGACACUUGUUUGGGGGAUCUCUACAGCAUCUCUUGGUUGGAAGACAGUGACGCCAACGAUUUGGGGAAGGAAACGCUGCAGGAGCAAUACUUGACGGUGAAGAAGAGGACCAAUCUGUCCCAUGUGAUGCAGUAUGGGAACACAGUUCUCAGCCAGGCCUUCCUCUCUACUUACAUGGGCCAAAGCCCCAAGAGUGUCUCGUCCGUUCGCUUGGAUGAGCUCUCUUCUUCGACUUUCCGGGCAGUUCCCCAACGGGAUGCUGAUUUGGUCUUUUUCCAACGCCAGGUGCAAAAAGCUCCAAAAGGGUCUGCCGAGAGUGUGGAAGCACAGAAGAGACUGGACGAACAAAUCGCUCGCCGAUCGCAUGUCGACCGCAGCAUCAACCAAAUUAUCAGCCACCUGUUCGGUGGCUCCAAUGCUGCAAGCAUGUUGACUGCUGUUCGACCUGAAGAACAGCCUGUUGUCGACGACUGGGACUGCCUCAAGACAUUUGUGAGGACUUACGAGCAAUAUUGUGGACGGCUGAGCGAGUACGGAAUGCAAUACACAAGAGCCAUGGCGAACAUGUGCAACGCUGGAGUAGACAAGGACCGUAUGGUAGCUGCUUCUGUUCAAGCUUGUUCUGGGAAAGCAUAGUGAGAAGGAUGAUGAGUGUCCUAAUGA